CUCAACCCAAACCACACAUCUCUCUGGCUGCCGUCCAGAGCUCUCUCUGCUCAGGGACGAACGAAAAUCCCACAUUUCUCCGCCCAUGCUCCUCCUCGCCCCCACCACACCGUCGUCGCGGACGGCGGACGCUCGCCGGAGACCCGGCGGCAGCGCUUCCCGACGCGUACGCUGCUCGGGCGUGCCGGAGCUCGACACGUCCCCGAGCCGCCCGGCGCUGCUGGAGGCGAAGCGGGUGGUGCUGGUGCGGCACGGGCAGAGCACCUGGAACGCGGAGGGGCGCAUCCAGGGGAGCUCCGACUUCUCCGUGCUGACGCCCAGGGGGGAGUCCCAGGCCGAGACCUCCCGCCUCAUGCUCCUCUCUGAUUCCUUCGACGCCUGCUUCACCAGCCCGCUCGCCCGCUCCCGGCGCACCGCCGAGAUCAUCUGGGACGCCCGCGACAAGGAGGCCCUCAUCCCGCACUCCGACCUCCGCGAGAUCGACCUCUACUCCUUCCAGGGACUCUUGAAGCAUGAAGGGAAGGAGAAGUACGGGGCUGUUUUCCAGCAGUGGCAAAAGAACCCGCCAGACUUCAGCAUUGAUGGGCACUACCCUGUGCGGGAGCUCUGGGACCGUGCGCGGAGCUGCUGGGAGAGGAUCCUGGCACACGAGGGAAAGUCGGUGCUUGUGGUCGCGCACAAUGCUGUUAACCAGGCUCUGGUCGCCACCUCGUUGGGACUUGGCACGGAGUACUUCCGGACUUUACUCCAAAGCAAUUGUGGUGUUAGUGUGCUGGAUUUCACCCCACAGACUGGCGGACGCCCUCCAAAUGUGUGCCUUAACCGCUUAAAUCAGACCCCGAAUUCUCCUGUUUCUGCCGAAAGUUCUGCAGGUAGAAAGACUGGCAAGAGGAUCAUUCUGGUCUGUCAAGGGGCUACAAUGAGCAGUUCGGAGGGUAAUUUAGGCGGAGUGGGUUAUGCGCCACUGAACAUGCUUGGGGUUAUACAGGCUCAGAAAACUGCUGAAUUGCUUCUAGAUCUAAAGGUGAACGAGAUUAUCUGCAGCCCACAAGUUGCAGCUGUUGAUACUGCAACUGCCAUAUGCGAGGUACAAGAGGCCGCAGAAUGCUUAGGUGCUGACUGUGUGCCUCGAUGCGUGGGAAUGAAGAACUUGCUUGGACUCGAAAUCGAUGAUGCCUUUCAAGCGAAACAAAAGAGCCUUGGACAGAUAGUUCAGUCUGGUUGGAUGGGCGGCAUGGAGUACAAGAUGCUAGAGACACUAUGGGCUCAAUCAGAUGAUGCAUGGCAAGCACUGGUAAAGGAAUUGGCAGACGACGAUGAUGAUGCUGAGUCGGAUCGAGUCGUCGUCGCGGUGGGCCACCCUGCUAUCCACCUGGCACUCAUCUGUAGGUGCCUGAAUCUGACAAUGGAGUUCAUACCUUCUUUCCAUCUUGACGACGGCAGCAUCAGCGUGAUUGAUUUCCCCGACGGGCCGAAAGGAAGAGGCGUUGUCAGGUGUACGAAUUACACGGCGCAUUUGGGAAGAUGGUCGGUACCCAUCACAAAUGAAACGAAAAAUAACAAGGAUGAGUUCUGACUUAAUUUCGAUCGGUCUGCAAGGUAAUUCAAUCAAUAUAAUUAACAUAUUCUGUAUCUUGGUGUGAGUGUCAUCCUUGAUGGGGGGAAAUGAGUUAUCCCAGUAGAUAUCAUACACACAUGUAGUACAGCGUCUUCCAAAAAAGAAUGUAGUACAGCAUAUUCUCCCAUCUUCUUUUACGUGAAGAUCAUUUUCAUUUGUACAGUAAACUUUAUUAUAAGUUAAUCGAGCAGAAAAAUAGUGCAUCGUUCUUUUUUAA